AUGGAUCCCGCAUCAUGCCGUGUGAUCUACAUCGAUGAUCGCUUUCCGGCAGAAAAGUGGUUGACUCGAGACGUGGUGUCCUCGCCUACCACGAACAAUAGGGCAAAAGAGGCUUUAGCGCUUGAGUUGGCCGAAUUACCGCCAGAACUCCAGGCAAAUGUCAACGCGGUGCUGGGCGUCUUCAACCAAGUGUUUGUUUGCAAUUCUGGACGGUCGUUUUCGGCCAAAUUGGCGAAGUUACAGGACUCCGUCAAAGUUGAUUGCACCCCAAUACUUGCUCUUUUCGAUGUCGAUUCGGAUUUGAAGCAUGAUCAUCUUCUGAGGCUUGUAGGUCAAAAGUCACAUAAUCUUAGCCCAGAUUCUCCCACCUCCGCCCGAGCUGCGCUUCAGAGGCAAUUGACGUUCUCCUCAGAGGCCGACGAGUCAUAUGGCUUGCAAUUAUUGUCUAGGAUAACGUCAGACCUCCAGGUGGACGAGGGUGUCAAGCUUGUCAUUCCAGUCGCUUUGGUUCGAACGAGACGGAAGGAUGCAAACGCUACAGCUGCCACUCCGACGAGACAUUCAUAUUCUGGCAAAGACCCUCGGGUACUGUUACACAUCGAGGAUAAACCUUCACCGGUAGAUACUCCAAUGAUGUUACACUGCCUAGACGCUGGUGCGCUUGAUGUCGUUCCGAGUCCUUUGAACAACGAGAAGAUAAUGGGCUUGACUGUUCAUGCUUACCGGAUAUAUAAAACUGCAAAGAAAGAGCAGUCUGCUUUUCUUGCUUCUGCUUCGCAAUUUAUGGCUGCGGCUCGGAGAAGGAAGCAAUCGUGGGUUGGUAUCGAGGAAGAGAAACCAUACGCAUACCUGAGGGAAGCAAUGGUUAAGAAACUGCUGAAAGGAAUCUGCGAACCAGAGACUAUAAUCGAGGAUUAUCAGCAUCGCGAUCUUCGAGUAGACCAUGACCGCAAACAAGACAUUAUAACAGAGAUUGGAAAAUGGAGCUUCUGUGCGCACGACUUCUCAGAGGAUGAGUUAGUCUAUGCGGGUUAUUAUAUGCUCGACCACGCACUCAAAAUGCCCGAGUUAGAACAUUGGCGCAUGACUGAAGACGAAAUUCUGCGAUUCAUGCAAGCCAGCCGGGUUGCCUACAACUCAUUUGUCCUCUACCACAACUUCAGGCAUGCAGUUGACGUCCUGCAAUCUUUAUUCCAUUUCCUCGUGCAGAUAGGGACCAUAACACCAUAUCCUGUCGGAUCGACCCCUCCACCUCUUUCGCAAGACAAAUCUCCUGUGUGUCAGCUGUUGGCACCAUUCGAAGCGCUAACGCUGCUCAUUUCCGCUAUUGGCCACGAUGUUGGACAUCCCGGCGUCAAUAAUAUGUUUCUAGUCAAGCUGAAUGCACCUCUUGCGCAGUUGUACAAUGAUCAGUCUGUCUUGGAGGCUUUUCACUGCGCAGCAUACUCACAGAUUCUCCGCCGACAUUGGCCUACAGCGUUCGCUGAUAGGUCUCUUCGCAAGUUACUCAUCAGCUCCAUUCUUGCAACAGACAUGGGCGUGCAUCCAGACUAUAUGCAGCGGCUCGGUAACCUGCAAGAGAAAAUCCACGAGAGCAAGACAACGGAUGGGUGGGCUCCCAAAGAUAUUGAGACCUCGCGUAUCCUAAUCUGCGGGCUUCUGAUCAAGUGCGCGGAUAUCAGCAACGUCGCGAGACCAUGGAAGGUCGCAGAAAGAUGGACGCAUCUUUUGCAGCAAGAGUUUGCAUCGCAAGGCGAGAUGGAAAAUCAAGUUGGGAUGGAGACUACUCUCUUUGGCGGUCCGCCUGAGAUCGGCAACAUGAUGAAAUUGGCGAAUGGCCAAAUCGGCUUCAUGAGCAUCUUUGCCCACCCGUUGUUUGCGAACGUGAGCGACGUCAUACCUGCAAUGGGUUUUGCUGCCGCCGAGAUAAACAACAACAAAAGUGUUUGGAUCACCCUGAUAGAGCAAGAGAAGAGAAGGCAAUAUUUGACGAACGAAGGAGGCUCCAGUGAUGGUGCUAUAUCGCCGCGAUCUCAGAGUCCAGCCCCGAGAAAGAUGGACAAACUCCAGAAACCAAACACGGGUUAUUUUCCUGCUUCGCCACUUCGACAUACUUCCAACCCACCAUCCCCUCUCCAGCAGCAAGUCAAGGACUCCCAAGACUCAUCGAUCGCUACCAUGCCGCACGUCAUGACAACGGAGGAUUCAUCAAGAAAUCAUUCCGAGGCACCUUCCUGGAAAUCGCCGUUCGUGGAGAACGGAACACUGGCUACCUCAAGCGCUACUUCUGUACCUCAAGAGGGCACUCGAGCAUCAUCAGGUGUGUUCCCCAAUGCAAAACCCCACCUCCAGCUACGGAGACCAGAAAUGCAGCCAAGGAGAUCGAGUAACACUGUACCGCGCAGUCUGCAAAUGAAUGGGAUCUCCGGACCUCACGAUGGAAGUGCGACAACGACCACGGCAUCGAGCGAGCACGGAGAUGACGAGGGGAAAAAGGAAAGCGAGUUAAGGGAAAGUACUUUCACGGGUGCCAGCGUGCCUUUGGUACUCGAGGACUCGGCACCAAACCUACCAAAUCGGCAGGCGUCACUGCAGAAAGAAAGCACAGAACCCCCUCAGUUUGCAACCCAGGACGAGAUUGUGUCCGAUUCCAGAUGUUGCGCGGUCCACAACCGGUCUAUUCCACAGGCUACCCAUCAAGUACGCACCUCAGGCCAUAUGUCUGUUCCAUCAACCACAGACAGCAAUAGCAUGGCCACUAGUGGAGGCCACACAUAUUCGACCAACCCAUCUACAACGCUUUCACCUUCCACAGAAGCGACGAGUUUCCUCUGCAUAGAUAGUGGCGAUGAACAAGUCGAGGAACGUGGCAGUAAAUCUUGGAAUCUACCGACGAGAAGAGACCAGGAUCACGACCGGGCGCAGAGCAGUCCGAGUAUCUUACCAGAGGUUAUGCCACCAAACACGAUGGGACGUGUGCCACCUGUCGUGAGUAGUGGUCGUGGUAGAACGAAGAGCCCGGCCAAGACUUCGACCGCUACGGUGAAAGAGCCGGCACAAGAGACAGUCAGUACGUGGGAAGAAGAUGGCGACAGAAGCAUGAGGAGGAGGAUCAGUCGAUUUCGGUUCUGGAGAAAAAAGACGGAAGAGGAUGAGUGUCAAUGA